AUGGGUGCAGCAAAACCACCAUGGCACAUGUAAACCUAUGUAACAAAUCUGCACAUUCUACACAUGCAUCCCAGAACUUAAAUUAAAAAAAAAAAAAAAAAUGGUUGGUGUCAUGGUGGCCAGUGAGUUGGUAGGAGGGGUCCAUGGAACUGCGGAAAGUCACUAAAACAGAGGUAGAACUGGCCCAAUCUGGACAGCGGGAAUUCGUGGGAAUGAGCAAAAGACCCUGCAUGGAUGACUGCCUCACUAGAGGAGAGCCCCUGGUAAAGUCCCAGGCCAGACUUUCAAGGAUACUUGGUUGGAUCGUCGGAUGGUGCUAAAAGUUUUUUUCCCAUGUGGACCAGGUCAUUUGCUAAACUCGCUGUGAUGGCGUCCUGGUUUGGGGGCCUCAGCUCCAGAUGGGGCCAGUCUCUGGGUCAAGUCAGGGGGAGCCUGGCUUCCCUUGGUGGCCAGAUUUCAAACUUUACAAAGGUUAUGCUGAUGGAGGAAGUGGAAGGAUAAUUACCUGAUUUUAACAAAGAAAUUGAAGUCAUUCAUAAAAUCUUGAGGUCAGAGAACGAAAGUCCUAAGAAACUUUGUACUGAUCUACAAGAGAAAAAUAAAGCAUCACAACUUCAAACGAAACAGCAAUCUACAGGUCACCAAAAUCAACUUCAACAAAAAGAGGUGGAAAUCCACCAUCGUAAAGCCAGACAGACUGCGCUCCAGGAAGAGUUGCUGAAACUGCAGUCAGGUGCUCAGUCAGUACCUUCAGGAGCUGGCAGUAUACCAGCAACCACUGCAUCUUCAUUCGUUGAUGGGAUUAGUCAUUAUCCUUCACCUUUCCAUGACAAUGACACAGGUUUUCAUGAUACAAUUUCAUCCCAACGAGAAAUAAACAGACUCUCAAAUGAAGUUUCAAGACUUGAGUGUGAAGUUGUCUACUGGAGAGAUAUUGUGGAGACUCUAAAAGUGGAAAAAGUGGAGAUAGAGGCAGAAUUGCAUCAGGCUGAAAAGAGGCGGUUGGAAGAAGCAUACAAGCAUGAGAAAAUCAUUGAAGAACUGUCAAAUGCAUGUACCUUGAAUACCUCUGCCUUGCAGACAGAACAUGAGCAUUUAAUAACUCAAAACGAGUAUUGGACAAAUGGAUGCUGAUCAUAACCAAACUAAGGACAUUUUGUCAUCUAGUCUAGAAGAGCAGAAGCAAUUGAUACGACUUUUAACCGAGAAAGAAAUUUUUAUUGAAAAACUUCAAGAAAGAAGUUCAAAGCUAUAGGAGGAACUGGAUAAAUAUUCUCAGGCCUUAAGAAAACAUGAAAUUUCUAGACAGACCAUACAGAAAAAGGACAGAAGUCUUGGAUCCAUGAAAGAAGAAAAUAAUCACCUGCAAGAAGAACUGCAAUGACUCAGGGAACAGCAGAGUCAAACUGCACCUGUGGCUGACCCGAAAACCCCUGAUAAUGGUACUGAAUAGAAUCCGAGGUAUCUCAACUGAACAUGAUCAAGGAUCAUCUUAAAGAGGACACUGAACACCAUCCAAAGAUAACUGAGGAUCAAAACCAGAGUAAGAUGCAACUAUUUCAGUCUUUACAAGAGCAGAAGGAGGACAUGGAUGAGUUGAGACACCAGCAUGAGCAAAUGAACGCCACACACACCCAGCUCUGUUUAGAGAACGAUGAGGAAAUUCAGUGUUUACAAAAAACAAUCGAACCAAUCAAAACUCAGUCUCAUGAAGAAAAGCAGGAGACUCAAACAGAUAACUCUGAUGUUUUUCAAGAAACCAAAGUUCGGAGCCUUAAUAUAGAAAAUGGAAGUGAAAAGCAUGAUAGAUCUCAAGCUGAAACAGAAAGAUUAGUGAAAGGAAUCAAAGAGCGGGAACUGGAGAUUAAACUUCUAAAUGAAAAGGAUAUAGCUUUAACUAAACCGACUGAUCAGUUGUCCAAAGAUGAAGCUGGUCAACCAACUCAGAUUAUUCAGCAGAGAUUUGGAGACACAAGUUCUUCAUGCUAGAAUGUCAUCAACUUCCUAUACUCAAGAUGUUGUUUACCUUCAAUAGCAACUUCAGGCCUAUGCUAUGGAGAGAGAACAGCUAUUCGCUGUUUUGAAUGAGAAGACUAGGGAAAAUAGCCAACUAAAAACAGAAUAUCACAAAAUGAUGGACACAGUUGCUGCCAAAGAAGCAGCUCUCAUCAAACUGCAAGAUGAAAAUAAAACAUUGUCCACAAGAUUUGAAAGCAAUGACCAAGACAUGUUUAGAGAAACUCUUCAGAAUUUAUCACAUGUCAUUCGAGAGAAAGACAUUGAAUCAGAUAUACUAAGCCGGAAAUGUCAGACUUUAUUGGCAGUUUUACGCACAUCCAGCGCCGGUAAUGAGGUUGGAGGUGUUAACAGUCAUCAAUUUGAGGAGCUCUUAAAGGAACGUGACAAGUUAAAAUAGCAAGUGAAGAAAAUGGAGGAGUGGAAACAGCAGGUGAUGACCACAUUACAAAACAUGCAACAUGAGUCCGCCCAGCUUCAGGAAGAACUUCACCUACUUCAGGUACAAGUUUUGGUUGACAGUGAUAAUAAUUCUAAAUUACAAGUGGACUAUACUGGCCUGAUCCAAAGUUAUGAGCAGAACGAAACCAAACUCAAAAAUUUGGGGCAGGAAUUAGCACAAGUUCAGCACAGCAUUGAGCAGCUUUGCAAUGCCAACGAUCUUUUAGGAAAACUUGCUAUUAUUUCACCCCGGCUGUCUUCAGUAUCAUUGCUGACUCCCCAGUCAGCAGAGUCUCUUAGAACAAGUGAGUCUGAUGUACUGAAUGAAUCUUCUGAAUUACCACAGCAAGAGCUAGGAGAGCUCAGAAAAUCACUACAGGAAAAAGAUGCAACGAUUAGAACUCUCCAGAAAAAUAAUCACAGAUUGUCUGAUUCACUUGCUGCCACCUCAGAGCUAGAAAGA